AUGGCAGACCUCACGGACAUGGGCUGCUGCAGCUGUUUCAGUUUCCUAAGGAAGCCCAGCGUGAAGGUAGGUCGGCCUCGGGACACUGAUGGCAUGUUGUCCAAAGAUUUGUUGAAGCGCCAGACCAGUGAAGAUUUUGAUGGGAGCUUCUACACUGGAGAUGAUCCUGACUUAAGCUUUUACAAUGGGGAUGGCAUUGAUAGAAGCUUCUUUAACGGUGAUGAUCCCGAUAGAAGUUUCUAUGAAAGAGAUGGUACUGAUUAUAACCAUGAGAGUGACGAUGAGCCCCCACGGAAGAGGUCUGAAGAUAUUAUUCUGACAAGGGCUCAAAGUGGCUUUGCAUGUAGAGAAAGCCUAGUUAAGGAGACUAAAAAAGUUGUUCGCUCAGAGGACGAUCUUGGCAAUAAGAUGAUCAAUCAGUAUGUUCACCUGGGCAAGAUCGGUGCUGGAAGCUAUGGCAAAGUGGUUCUAUACCGAAACAUUGAAGAUGGGAAGUUAUAUGCAGUGAAGGUGCUGAAUAAACCUCACAUGUUGAAAGUACGUGUCGUACGGUCAGAAACCGCCAUGACAGAUGUUAUUCGGGAAGUAUCCCUCAUGAAAAUGUUGAGUCAUCCCAAUAUCGUAAAUCUCAUUGAGGUGAUUGAUGAUCCAAACUCAGAUAAAUUCUACAUGGUUCUUGAGUAUGUGGAAGGAAAAAUUGUGUGGGAUAAAGGUAUAGGAGAAGCUACUUGCAGAAAGUACUUGCGGGACAUUAUUUCUGGUGUUAUGUAUCUUCACUCUCAUAACAUUAUUCAUAGUGAUAUUAAACCGGAUAAUCUCUUGGUCACAAGUACUGGCAAUGUGAAGAUAGGGGACUUCAGUGUUAGCCAGAUUUUUGAGGAUGAUGAUGAUAUGCUUCGGAGAUCUCCAGGCACUCCUGUUUUCACUGCACCGGAGUGCUGUCAAGGUUCAGCUUACCAUGGUAGAUCGUCUGAUACAUGGGCAGUCGGUGUUACUCUGUAUUGUAUGAUUACUGGGCGCUAUCCAUUUCUAGGAGAAACUUUGCAGGAAACAUACGACAAGAUUGUCAAUGAUCCAGCGGAUAUACCAAGUAACGUGAGCCCCCAACUUGUUGAUUUGCUGGAAAGGCUUCUGUGCAAAGACCCAGGAGACCGUAUCACCCUGGAAGCUGCGGCUGCGCAUCCUUGGGUUGCUGGGGAUGAGGGGCCAGUCCCCGAAUACAUGUGUAGAUGUGGUUUUGGCCGCAGGAAGAGAAAUGGUUCACAAGAAGCAGUACAAUAA